ACGACGCAAAGCAAGAUUCAUUUUUGGAUUCCUUCGCGCUCCUUUGGAUUUCGCUGCAGCUAGGAAACUUUCCGCUCCACCACCUAUACAACAAAAUCAGAAGAGAUUCCUCGCCGGACCGCCGCCCAUCUGCUCCAAAACAAAAGAUUAUUGGUGUUUAUGUUGAUCUUCAGUGUAAUAAUACCCUGUAUGAGUUAGAGACUUAAAAGGUUGUAUGGGGCGGCGGCACGCAACAACCUUAUUUCUUCUUCUCCUUUCACUAGGAUUGUUCGUAACAACUUACAAUUCGAUUAUGAUGACGGCCCACCUCAAAAGACACGACAAGUCAAAUUACCUUAAAUCUGGGAAUUCAAAAUUCCACAUUGCUGUCACAUCUGAAAGUACAACGUACUGCAAAUGGCAAAUGCGUGUUAUGUACUAUUGGUACAAGAAACAAAAGGACUUACCCGGGUCGGAUAUGGGGAAGUUCACCCGAAUUCUUCAUUCCGGUGCUCCCGACAAUCUGAUGGAUGAAAUACCUACCGUUGUUGUCUACCCCCUUCCCAACGGCUGGGAUAAGAAUUAUGUGGUUCUUAAUAGACCGUGGGCGUUUAUGCAAUGGAUCGAGGUUGCUACUAUUGAUGAAGAAUACAUAUUAAUGGCAGAGCCGGACCACAUUUUCACAAGGCCACUGCCUAAUUUAGUUUCCGGGGAGCUUCCAGUUGGAUUUCCAUUUUUCUACAUUAAACCUUCCAAACAUGAAAGAAUCAUAAGGAAGUUUUAUCCCGAAGAAAAAGGUCCCUUGACAGAUAUUGAUCCAAUUGGGAAUUCCCCUGUAAUUAUUCAGAAGGAUUUGCUCAAGAAAAUCACACCAACUUGGCUAAAUAUGUCUCUAAGAAUCAAAUACGAUCAGGAGGCUGAUAAAGCUCUUGGCUGGGUACAGGAAAUGUAUGCAUAUGCUAUUGCUUCUGCUAUGCACGGUGUGCGACAUCUACUCCGGGAAGAUUUUAUGAUUCAGCCUCCAUGGGAUCUGAAAAUGGGAAACAGCUUCAUUUUGCACUUUACAUAUCAGUUGGACUACACAAAGGGAAAGCUAACUUUUGGGGUCGCUGGAGAUUGGGGAUUUAACAAGAGAACAUAUCUCAAUAUAACUCCUCCUAGAGAUCUCCCUUUGCCUCCCCCGGGAGUACCAGAAAGUGUGGUGACUCUCAUAAAGAUGAUAAAUGAAGCUACUGCCAACCUUCCUAGUUGGGACUACAUGCAAUGAAGGUGCUCGUGCACUGAGAAGAAUUGCUUAUUGGCUUUACGAAUGGAGGAGAAAAGUGUGUACAGAAAUUUGUGGGAUUAUGUACAAUUGAUUUCCUGCUAUUAUUGAGUGCUGAUUAGCAGGUUGCAUUUGGAUGCUAACCUAUCAACCAUUGGGACUUGUGGAGUGUAUUUACAAAGGCCAACAUUUUUUUGAAGUUUAGAGGGUUUAGAUUGGGGUAUCUCUUUCUUGUUCAUGAAUGUUUUAUACUUUUAUCACAGAUCAGAAAAAUAUAUACUAUACGCAAUGUUCUAAAAGGC